AUGCGCGAGCAUAGAGAUCGAGAUCAACUGGUUCGCCUAGGCAAGAAGCCGGUCCUCAAGCGUAACUUCGGGUUCAUGUCAAUAUUAGGCUUCAGUUGCACUGUCCUUAUUACCUGGGAGGGUUCCCUUAUCCUGUUCCAGCAGGGUCUGCAGAAUGGUGGUCCAGCAGGCGUUAUUUACGGCUUUCUGAUCGUCUGGAUUGGCAACUUGAGUGUCUUCUCAACACUAUCGGAACUAGCCUCUCUUGCACCUACGUCGGGUGGCCAGUACCACUGGGUUGCGAUGCUCGCUCCUCGUUCCUGUGCAAAGUUUCUGAGCUAUAUCACUGGGUGGUUGACUGUUGGCGGCUGGCAGGGAUCUGUGGCUUCCGGAGGCUAUCUGACCGGGACUCUCAUACAGGGACUGAUUGCCUUGACAGCCCCAUCAUAUGAUGCUAAACCAUACCAAGGUACUCUUCUAUUCUGGGCAGUCGUCUUCUUCGCUGUUUUCAUCAAUGCUGUUGUCAGCUCUAUGCUUCCUAAAUUCGAAGGCCUGAUCUUGAUUCUCCACAUUCUUGGAUUCUUCGGUAUUCUGAUUCCACUGGUUAUUCUUGGGCCUCACAGUGAUGCUUCCUUUGUGUUUACCACUUUCUUCAACAAUGGCGGCUGGCCUACACAGGGGUUAUCGUUCUUCGUAGGCUUGAUUGGAAACGUCUUCGCUUUUGUUGGCGCCGAUGCUGCUUUUCACAUGUCUGAAGAAAUUCACAACCCAUCUUUGGUAGUACCACGGUCAAUUAUGCUCAGUAUCGUCUUGAACGGAACCACAGGUUUUGCUAUGGUUAUAGCUUUACUGUUCUGUAUUGGCAACAUGGAGAAUGCGCUUGAGUCCAGAACGAAUUACCCUUUUAUGGAAAUAUUUCUGCAGGCAACAAACUCCGUUGGCGGCAGCGCCACAAUGGCGGCAAUUGUGACUGUCCUUGCUCUCUGUGCAACAGUCGGUCUUCUAGCCUCGACGUCCCGUAUGUUCUGGUCUUUUGCCCGCGAUCAUGGUCUCCCCUUCUGGCGGACGCUGCAGAAGGUUGAUUCCCGUACUACAGUCCCUCUUUGGUCCAUUGGCGUCACGACUGUUAUCUCCUGCCUUCUGGCCCUCAUCAACAUCGGUUCGGCGACCGCUUUUAACGAUAUCAUCUCCCUCUCUGUCGCAGGCCUUUAUUCUUCCUACCUAAUCGCGACUACUCUCCUUCUUUAUCGCCGCUGUACAGGUGGCUUCAGAAUUCCUGAUCCAUCAGCACUCCCAGCCCUGGCAAACACCACCGGUGCAGAACUUAUCUGGGGCCCAUGGCGCAUUCCUGGCGCUUUUGGUAUCGCCAAUAAUGCCUUUGCGUGUGUUUAUCUGGUUAUAAUCUUGUUUUUCAGCUUUUGGCCACCUGCCACCCCGGUGGUAGCAGAGACGAUGAACUACAGUAGUCUAGUGACGGGAGCAGUGGUUAUCUUCAGUGUGGGAUAUUACUUCUUCUGGGCGAGGAAGGAUUAUCAGGGGCCGAUUGUGGAAAUGGACUAA